AUGGAAGAUAAACCUUACGUGACGUUUCACAAGAGAAAAAAAACAAGAGCAAAUGCAAAAGUAAGCAGAGAAAAAAUUAAGAAGAACUUUUUGAGGAAUGAAAAAUUCAUUCGAGUUUCAACGAGAAGCAAAAGUUCGACGAAGAAAACGUUUUUACAUACUUUGUUCAAAAGUUUUAUCAAGCCGUACAAUGAGAAGAACACCGCAUUUUACUCCAUUCUGUGUAUAAUUAAUAAUAUCUACAAAUGCCACUACUUUUCGAAGCAUCGCUGCUUGAUUUGCAAGCCACUGCACGAAAGGAGUGCGUCCUUAUUACAGGGGGGUGGUGCCUACUAUGAUGACUGCGAUGGGGAGGACAGCGCGUCUGCCUGCGCCAGCAUGUCCUCCAUCUCUUCCACCACCGCAUCUACCACUGCAACGGUUACCUUUCCCUAUGAUAUAUACUACAACUUGCGCAAAAUCAACUUGAUUGAGUCUGGAAAAUUGAAGAGCACCUCCUGUGGUGACAAAUCGGAAGGGAGCCACCAAGCGUGUGAUGCAGAACCGAACAGAGGAGUGUUACUGUUGGACCCAGAGAAAAGGAAAAUAGCGGAGGAUGGAAAUGAGAGCGAAAGUGGGGCCACACACAGAGUGACCACGGGGGUGGUGAAUGCCCCUGUUGGGGAAAAAAAAUCAAGCGAGUGCCUCCACCAGGAUAAGAAUGCUAAUCAGCAAGUGGAUGCAGCAAAACCGAAUGUUAUAAAUAACAGGCCAAAAUCAAGCGCAACAGCGAUGAGGAAAAACGUUUCCGUUAGUAAUAAGGAAGUGUCCCCAAUCAAUGGACCGAUCAAAAAUUUUAUAAGUGCAAAGUUAAACCUUACCAAUGUGCAGCACUACUACUUCCUCUCACACGGCAAAGAACCAUUUGAAGAUCCAUACCAUUUCGAUGUGUUCGAAAAGAUAAAUAUAUUCGACAAAAUAUUACUGGAUUUAAACCAAAGUGAAAUACACCCCAAUGUGUUAAGGACGGGAAUUUUUUUUAACAAAUAUUUGAACACAACCCACAAUGACCGGAAUGUGGAUUUGCUGACAGCCCUCAAGUGUUUUAUUAAGGACUACUCCCUCCCUCCGUAUGAACCCAUUAACAGACACAUGAAAGUUGUUAUAGACAAAGAAAUAAAUUACAUAAUAAUGUGCAAAAAGCAUAGCAUCAGUAUGGGGGAAGUGAUCAGAUGGUUUAAAAAUAUGAUUACGGAACAUAUAGGAAAAAAUGUGCUAGAGCAGACGAAGGUAAUAAUUACGAACAACAUUAAUAAUUAUAUAAGAACAAAAAUUGUCAUGCCUUCAAUACACAUUUCUAAUUAUGUAGCGGAGCACGUCAUUACCCACAAUGAUAUUUUGCUAAUUUACACCUUCGAUUAUGACAUAUAUUUGUCCAUCGUUAAGGCAAAGAGAAGUGGCAAGAAUUUUCAAAUUAUUUUGGUUGACUCGGAACCUUAUAAAAAUUCAUAUGAUAUUAAAUUGUAUACGAAACUUGGGAUCCCAGUUACGUACACAUUAAUUGGCGCCUUAUUUUACAAUAUAAAAAAUUGCACCAAAGUUUUGCUAGGAAUUGAUGCCAUUAUACAUAAUAGUGUUUAUGCCUAUGUGGGGACAAGCAUUAUAUGCAUGAUGGCUCACCUUAGCAAUGUGCACGUCUACAUCGCUUGCGAAACGUACAAAAUCAGUAACAAAAUUAUUAUAGACAGUUUUAGUAUAAAUAAUAUUAACAAUAAUUUGGACAUUUAUAAUUAUAUAUACAUGCACCAUCAUCCACAUCAUAGACAUCACAGUCACUACGAUCAUUACCGACAUCAGAAGCAACAUGCGGCUUCACAGAAAAGUACCCCCCAAAUGAAUAAAUGUGUAGACCACGGGGUCAUGUUUAACCGGAAAUUAAACACAUUCAUAAAUUCCUACGCUGAUAUAAGCUCCAGUGCCGUCCUUUUUAAUAACAGCGAAAUUGGCUCAGGAGGGAAUGCUCCUUGCAAGCCCCUUAUCAAGUAUUUCUCUGUAGAAGCAGGGAAAAAAGGGCCAGGUGCUUCUUCCCCCCCUAGUGGGAGAUCAAACCAUGCACAGGAAAAGGUCUACCGAUUAGAAGUAGCGCCACCCCCCUCCAUUCGUGGUAAUCCAAGCGAGAUACUUCUAAAAGGAGAUCAUAAAAUAAAUUGUCAAUCAAGUGAAUCGAACGAUCACCCAAGGAGCAGCAACCCAGGAGUCUUAAAAACCAAUAAUGAUCCCUCCCCGGGUAGCUGCAAUACCUUCCUAAAAGAUGCAGACACUACGUGCAGCGGAAGGGAGGCCUCCACAUUAUUCUCCAAGAAAGAAUAUUCCAACCAGGAGGAACAGGCAAGUGCCAACAGGAAUAGCGAGCUUGGCAUAAGGGGUUCGGGGAAGGAAGUAAAAAUAGUUACCACUGCAAGUGUGCUUACAACCAGAAGCACCAGCAAAUUAGGAUCAACCAGGGGGAUACUGAAACAACCCGGAAGAACAUCCAACCAAAAUAUAACUGAAAAAAAUAAAUCCCCUUUAAAUUGUAAACAGAAUUGUGGAAACGUUCCCAAUCACAGUAAGAAUGUUGUUAAAAGGAAUAGAGUACUUUUUAACCUUAAAAGUGGCAAAGGGAGCUCUCCCCCCCGUUUUAACAGCUACGUUGGUGCCCCUUCGAAUAACUUAAGCACGCACAUUGAAGGCUGCGAAAGUGAUGAAGAAAAAUUUUGCUGCAAUAGCAUUUGUGAUUCUAUUUGCACCUCCAUUGGAAAUAUGAACAUAAAAAAUGUAUGCACAGACACACAUAACGAGACGAACCUGUUCAGUUCCGUCCAAUCGCACAUAAGCAAAAUUAAUUCCACCACGGACAAGUCUUUUUACGUUGCCAAUAUAUGUAAUGAUGUCACGCCGCUCAAGCACAUCACCUAUAUCGUCACGGAGAUGGGCUUAUACACCAGCGCAAACAGGAACGCAUUAAAGGUGUUCGUUCAGAAUAACUUCUAG